AUGUAUUUAUUUCGAUUAAAACCGGCUGUUUCCUCACGUAAUUUUUGUAAAGUCAAGAAAAGAUGCACCGAAGCAUUGGAAUGUUGGAGAUGUCGUAAAGCUAUUGGGUGUUUGAAGGAAAAGUUGUUCUGUCCAAUGUGUGCAGCCAUCCAACCAGUUGAAGGGAGAAAUUAUUUUGAUUAUUUGGGUGUAGUUCCUGGAUUUGAUGUUGAUCUUUCAUUGUUGAAGAUGAAUUUCCUCAAACUACAGUCAGUUGUUCAUCCCGACAAAUUCUCAAGAUGUUCUCCAGAAGAGAAAGAAAUAUCGGAAAAUUGUUCACGAUAUCUCAAUGAAGCGUACAAAACAUUGACCGAACCAUUAGAGAGGGCGAAAUAUCUGCUCACAUUGAAAGGGGCGCCACAGAAUGAUGAACAUGUAAUGGGCGGCACGGAUUUCUUGGCAGAAAUGAUGGAACUGAAUGAAUUGAUGGUGACGAAUAAUGAUCCGAAAGAGCUGAAAAUAUUAUUGUAUGAAGUGGAAACUAAGAUCCAGAUGUUAGGAAGGGAAUUCAAGAAUAGCAUAGAAACAAAUCAGCUUGGAAAAGCGAAGAAAGCCGUAUUCAAAUUAACAUUUUAUUAUCGUUUGAAGCACGGUUUAUCAAACAAAAUAAUAGAUAUUGAAUAA